CUGGAUUUCGCAACGCACCCGAAAGCUUGUUUAUUUCAUUUUGUAUUUCUUAUGUAUGGAACGGAGUCGUCGCAGUUAGUACCGUUUGGACAAACCCCUGUGUUCCGUGUUGUAUUAUAUACCAAUAAAAUGGAAGAAACUGAUUCGGAUCCAUCCUCUAACGUUAGCAUACCGGUGGAUUCUGAAAAAGGUUUGACACAACCGACAGAUUCGGAUUUGAAUCAGGACGAUAUACUGGAAAAGCUGAGAGGUGACCGAAUCGGCGACACCAUGUACAGUGAGCGAUUUGUACUGACCACAAUCCUGAAGUUACCGCAGUUGGAAUCACAUCUAUCCGAAGAUGAAGAUUUUGAGAAGGAUCUUUGCAGUUUGUGGGAUAUGACAAUUGAAAAGGACGUGGUUCUUUACCUGCUGAAACAUGAUGUCAUUGAACUUUUCGUAGGAUUGUCGGAGGCUUCCCAAGAUGUUCGUUUGAUCGAGAUAUUGUUUGGAAUCAUAGGAAAUAUGUGCUGCGUGGAUGAGACACAUAAGUUCCUGUACGAGAAUCCAUCGCUGUUUAUGAGUUUUUGCACAUUUUUAGAAUCUAGUGACACACUAAUUUUAGUGCAGCUAAUGAGAAUUUUCACUACCCUGCUCGACAAAUCAGACGACGAACAGUAUUGCUGGUUUAAACUAGUCCGGGACGUGGAGAAUAUGACUGAAAAGCUAGCAUUUAUACUGAGCAACACAACCAACAAAGAAUUGAUACAGCACACGCUAGAAGCAGUUCAUGCAAUGGUAAAUCGAUUUACGGAAGCCGAAGUAGACUAUGCUCAACUGAACGAGUUUUACAGUAUGUUUGCCAAACCUUGUCUCGUCGAAGGUCUGAUGGAGGGUUUUAAGCAAAUUUAUCCCGAAACUGCAGCCAGCAACCAAUUCGAAGAGGAGUAUUUAAUAACGAAAGAUAUGAAAAUUAUCCUCAAAUUUUUGGAUAUUCAUGAAAAUUUCAUAAUAAGUGCAAACGAGGUCUACGAGAAUCAGGUUGAAAAUAUAGUCUACUGCAUCUACCGAGUACUGCUUCCACUAAGCAGCGAGAAUACUCUUUUCCCCUUUUCCAAGACUCACGUGAAAAUAUUCGUGUGCAUCAACUGCAUCUACAGUGCGAUUGUGUAUCACUUUCAUGCAGGAACAUUUCUAGCUUUGGUGAAGAUUUUCACAAUCUUGUCGAAAGAGCAGAAAAAUACGCAGUCCUCUAGUGAUCACCAGCAAUCGACGGACGAUGCCAGCGAGGAAAGUGACUGUGAGUUCGAUAUUCAAACAGCCUUAGGUGAAAUUCUGGAAACCAUGUACUUUAUGGCAGAGCCGGUCGAUGGUUUGACGAUUGCCAAUGCGUUUCGAGCGAGCCCGUUCAGUGAGAAAACGAUUGAACGGGUCUGCACCGCACUUAAGGACACCAUGGCCGGAGACCCACUGCUGGGGAGAACUUGCGAUAUGUUACUGGAAAGUGCACACGCCGUGUGGGGUCACAGGGACAAUCGUGAAUAAUUUUAGGCUAGGAAGUAAGAAUAAAAUAUAAGCAAUCGUAAUAA